CUACCAAUAGAAAGAAGUUCACAAAACCAAGCAACAGUUAAAAAUUCCUUGAAAAGUAAAAACAAAUCGAUCUUCCCUCCCAAAACUUUUACAAUUCUUUUUUCAUGGCUUCCGUUACCGUCGAUUCUUCUUCCGCCACCGUCCCUGACGGCGCACUUCAAGCAGAAUCAAUCCCAACCGUUGAUCUCCGACUCCUUUCUCAAUCUGAACUUUACUCUCUCUCCCUCUGUUCCACCGCUGCUUUCAACCCUUGCCGGGACGACGAUGUCAUUAUCCCUAAAAUCGACCGUUCGGUUUUCAAUGAAUCCGCUGGGUCCCGCAAACAAACCUAUUCCCGUCUCCGUCUUGCCCCCGCUGCUGCUGCCUCUGCUUCCUCCUCCGCCAUCCGUAGCCGUACACCUCACCUCCGUAAUUCUCCUCACCCUCUUCAGAAUCCAUCUCCAAACAAUGGCCCAGCGAAUUCGGAGAGUUCCCAAAUCGUUAUCCUUCUUAAACAACUAUUUGGUUCGGGUACUCAAAAGAACCCUACCGAUUUGGUACCUAUCCGGGUUGAUUAUUCCGAUUCCUUAUCUGUGCCCUCGCAUGUGCCUGUUCCCGGGCUCGAAUUGGCCAAUGUGGGUUCAGUUGGGCAGAAAAGGAAACGAGGUCGGCCUAGGAAGAAUGAGAAUGGUGUCCGGGUGGCUGAGGUUAAAGUGGAUGAGGUAGUGAAGGACAUUGUAGUUUAUCAAAAUGUGGAUGAUAGCGAUAAAGAGAUCAUGAAUAAGGAUGGUAUACCAGUGGAUUUGGCAGUUCUAGGAGCAUUGGUGGAUCCGUUUGGCCUAGAACUGAGGCGGAGGACAGAGGGGUUGGGGAGUGCAGAGGAGUUGUUAGGGUUUCUGGGGAGAUUGAAUGGGCAAUGGGGGAGUACGCGAAAGAAGAGGAGGAUAGUGGAUGCAGAUGAGUUUGGGAGUGUGCUGCCAAAAAGUUGGAAGCUUUUGCUUUCUAUUAAGAGGAAAGAAGGCCGUUCAUGGUUGCAUUGUCGACGCUACAUAAGCCCUAAUGGACGGCAAUUUGGCACAUGCAAGGAAGUCUCUUCAUAUUUGCUAUUUCUUCAUGGUGAAAGGAAGGAAAAUCUUCCAGCAUAUGCGAACGGCAGUGGAACUGUUGAGAUCACCAAUGCAUGUGCUUUGGUUAGUACUUCAGAUCUCAGAAUUCAAGAUGGUGGCAAAAAGGAAAGCUCUGUUUUUCAUAACUCAUCCCCUGCUGUUGGUCAUGGGGAGUUGCAAGUUCUAGUGAAUUUUGGAGAACUAUCGGAGGUCCAAGUAGGAGAUCUCUUGCACUGUGACAAAUGCAAUGUGACGUUUAAUAAUAAGGAUGAUUUAUUGCAGCACCAGUUAUUUUCCCAUCAGAGAAGGAGAUCUAGAAAUGGUGGUCAAUCCAUUACUGACGGGGUAAUAAUUAGAGACGGAAAAUUUGAAUGUCAAUUCUGCCACAAGACAUUUGAAGAAAAGCAUCGAUACAAUGGUCAUGUUGGGAACCAUGUUAAGAAGCAGGUAAAGACUGUGGAUGGAUCGCUUCCAAUCAAAUUGGGAGGGGGUGUUGAACCUGUGGUGCCUAGCGGAGCCAUGCUGAGGGAUCCCAUUAUGCAGGAUUCAGUUGUUUUGCCGAGGAACUUGACAGAAAAUGCUGGUGUAAUUACAGAUGCCGGUGACAAUCCUGCACCAACUAGUAAAAUUCAGGAGGAGGAUCACAUGGAGACUGACGAUAAACUAGAAGCUGAAGGAACCAGUAAUGGUUGUCAUAACCAGGAAGGGAGUUCUGUGAGCCGUUCCCCUAUUUCAUCGAAUGAAAAAACAUGUGUGGAUAUAAGCAAAGUAAUUGUCGGCUCCAACAUAGAAGUACCUGAACAGGAAGGUUUACUUUGUUCAAAUGACAUUGUUGAUUCGUGUGGUGUUAGUAUGGAAGAUGGCAAUUUUUUCCCUACAGUGGAUGAGAGCAAAGUAGAUGGUAGGUCUGUAGAUACUGAGUCAACAACUGUUUUAUGCAGUAAUGCCAGUCUGCCGGGUGGGAAUAGUUUGAUAAAAGCCAGACAAAUUCCACAUACUGAAGAUCACUCAGGGAAGAACAUUGAUGAUCUGAAUGGUGUAUCCUUUCUGGCAGAAACAUCUAAAGGAAACAGAGAUUUAAAGAGCAGCACAGGUACCCCAUCUUGUGACAAGGAAGGAUCCACUGUAGAUUAUGUCGGAGUUCUUUCUGGUUGCGUAGGUGAGCAUAAACCUAGUAGCAUGAUGUCUGAUAUGGAAAAUAAGGAGUGUGGCAGUCUUGUUGAUUCAAAUGACAAUAAGCUGAUUAUGAAAGAGGACAAUCAUGCAUUUGUUCCACAUCCAGAUAAACAUGUAAAUACAGCUGAAAGAGAUGUGGUUGAUGUUUCUGCUUGCAUUCUAGAGGAGCUUGGACAGAAGAAAGGUGAUGAGAGUAGUCUGCUUUCUCCGGCAUGUGACAAGAACAGUGAGGUUGAAUCUCUGAUUUUUAAUGAUUUGAAAACAAGUGCAGAUGAGCCCAAGAUUAGUGAGCUGCAGAGUGUUAGAAGUAAUAUAGUGGGAUUUACUUCUAGUGACAAUCAUGCUGUGAAAAAAGUUGCUGCCAGUGACAUAGAGAAGGAAAAAAGUCUUGCAUUCUCCCCGCUUUUUCCUGCCAUGAAUGCAAGGGCAUCAUGUGCAGAAGAUGACUAUACCAAAGUUUACCAAAGCACACUGGAAGGUAAUGAUCUGCAAAGGUCUGCAAGUGCAUUGUUUUCUACAACCAACGUACCAGAAGCUUCUACCAAGGAAUAUACCAUGCACAGGAGCUAUAACAACUCUUUGAAAGAAUCUAAAUUUGAUUGUCUAGAAAACCCUAGACAUCAUGAUCUAAAUGUUGUUUUCGACAAUUCUCAUGUGGAUCUAGGUGUAAAUUUGAACUGCACAACUUUCCAACUUGGCAUGGAGGAAACAUAUGGUGUUCAGGAUAAUCUCCAGAAAAGAUUGGAGACCGAUAAACAUGGAGAAGUAGGGAUUGAUUUAAGGGAUUCAUCUUUCAAGGAAAAAGCAGGGGAUUUUGGAAGUAAUUUCAACACCGUUUUUCAUAGUCAGUUGUGGAAUGAACACAAAUUAGAUGAAGUUGAUAACUCUGGAAAGAAGAUCAUUACUAGUUUUGGUUGUGGAGAUGCCAAACCUAAUGAGGAUGUCAUGGCUGGAAGUAUUUGGAGAGCGGGUGUAGAAAAUGUCAUGCAAGGUGGCUCAGCAGACAAUUCAACCUCAGUAGCGCAGUCAUCUAAUUGUUUCCAGACUUAUGAUGUUUUGUCAGAUAAGGUUCCCAAUCUUUUUGGAGAGAAUGAGAAGUAUGAUGGCAACACUGGCUUUGAUGGGUUGAGCUCAGACAGAAGUGGACCAGUGGAAUAUAGUUUCAUGAGCACACAAAGUUCAAAUUCCCUUCAAGAAGAGCCUCGAGUUUUACCUUACGAUGUGGAUAUAGAACAAGGAUUUAAUUCGUCAUUUUGGCUCGGAAAAGACAAUUUAAUGCCAAAUUUAGCUGGCAGUAAUCAGGUGACUAUGGUAUGCGUUUGGUGCAGAAAUCUGUUUUAUCAAGAUUCUAACCAGUUAGAAGCUGGUUCAAUUGGUGCAAUGUGUCCAACCUGCAGUGGAAGUACUGCAGGGCAGUUUAGCUUUAUGUAGCACUUGUUAUUGAACAUAGAUUUCAGACAGAGGAUUAGGUUAAAGGGAGGUAUUUUGUUCAUCCAAAACUGGAAAACAAUUAGAAACUCCAGAUUGAUGUUAGUUAAAUUAGUAGGUAACCUUCCCUAUUCUUUUGACUGAAAUAAGUCAAACCACCAACUGUGUCUUAGAGAAGAUAAUGAGAUUUUUAUCUUCUUUAGUCUUUUUUUUUUUUGAAUCAAUGUAGUCCCAGUUAUCUGUUAUACACAACAUGGUAGGAUCAGGAUCCAUCAGUCGGACCAAAACAUUUCACGAUUUUUAGAUUAUUAGGUAGUUGCUGAAUGUGUCUCCGAUUUGAGUUGUGGAUGGGAGAAUAUGAAGAAGCAAUUUUGAUCGGUUAGCAGCAGCAUGAUGGAGGAUGGAUGAAGAAGCUAUUUUUGAGAUCAGUUUGCAGAGAUGACAAUGAUAUCCUCCCCUACCGGUAUCUCAUUGAGAUUCUUCUUUCAAGUGAUUCUAUUACUGUUUACUACUUUGGGCAUUUUUAAGUUUUCUGGUAAAAGUUGGUUUUUGCAGCUGUGUUCUAUGUUUUGUAUUUUUGCCUUUUGUUUACUUAUUAGACAGGCAAACACAUUAGUGUUUAGGUAAUGCAGCUUAGCAAGUAAUGUGAUUCUAUACAAUGCUCCCUUGACUGACAAGCUUGGAUAUUAUUAGGUUUGAAAGUUCC